UCAACAAGCCUGAAACAAAAUCAACUAACUACACGUCUUCUCUUCUCUCAGCUCUCAUCAGUCAUCACACUCACACACUCGCUCUUCUAUCAUGGUCAUGGCUGCCUCUGUAAUAAUGACUCUCUCCUCUCCUUCUUUGGCCGGAAAAGCACUGAAACUCACCGGCUUCACCUCAAAGAAUCUCGGCGAAGGCGGGUUCACCAUGAGAAGCACCUUGUCUCGGCCCAGGCAAUCCAUAACUGGAGGCCCGUGGUAUGGUCCUGACCGUGUCAAGUACAUGGGUCCUUUCUCCGGCCAGACUCCGUCCUACCUCACCGGUGAAUUCCCCGGUGACUACGGCUGGGACAGUGCCGGGCUCUCUGCUGAGCCAGAGACCUUCGCCAAGAACCGUGAGCUUGAGGUCAUCCACGCCAGAUGGGCCAUGCUGGGAACCGUAGGAUGCAUCGUGCCUGAGCUGCUCGAACGCAAUGGCGUCAAGAUCGGUGAGGCCGUAUGGUUCAAGGCUGGUUCACAGAUCUUCAGAGACGAAGGACUGAACUACUUGGGCGACCCGAAGUUGAUACACGCUCAGAACAUUCUGGCCGUCUUGGCUGCACAAGUUAUCUUGAUGGGCGCCAUCGAGGGCUACCGUAUCUCCGGAGGGCCUCUUGGAGAGCCGACUGACCCACUCUAUCCCGGCGGCAACUUCGACCCACUUCACCUCGCCGACGACCCAGAAGAAUUCGCCAUUCUUAAGGUGAAGGAGAUCAAGAAUGGCAGACUGGCGAUGUUCGCCAUGUUGGGGUUCUACGUUCAGGCCAUCGUUACAGGCAAGGGGCCAUUGGAGAACCUGUAUGACCACCUUGCCGACCCCUUCAAGAACAACGCUUGGGCCUUCGCCACAGCCUUCGACCCCAGCAACAGCUGAGCGAGAGAGGUGGGAAGAGUUAUUGUAAACCAAUGAGAAGUGAGAACUGAGAAAGUUCUAGCUCCUCACUCUGAGCGACUCUGUAUGGUUUUGAAUUUGUUGCUAGUGAUAUAAGUUGCAGAGUUGAUGCAGAAAAUGUGAAUUACUAGUAGGAGUAGCUCUUUUUUUAUAUAAUCGAUCAACAACCGAACAGUUUGUUUAUCUGUU